AUGGGAAGUAAUGCUCAAACACCAGCUACUAUUGUGUCCAUUGAGCGAAUUGGACAAGAAUCCUACUCAAGGAGAGAUGCUUAUCCUCAAUGUUUUAUCAACUUGAAGGUUGUUUACGACAAAGAGUUACCAAUUGAUGGUUCCAUCUCUUGCGCCAACUGCACUUCUGCAGCGGGAAGCUAUAUCAUUCCCAGAGAAGCUGGCUUUGAGCCAAGUCCCAAUGUAGCCUAUGCCUAUAGAUUCCAAAUUGCUCAACCCAGUGUUUGGAUAUCAGUCUCUGACGAUUUGGGAUUCAACUAUUAUUUAGGAACUUAUUCUUGUGAGAUCAUGCCACAAGGACCAUAUACAGUUGAAACAUUUGAUCAAAAAAUGUUACCUUCUACAGAUAAUAUUUAUGCCGCCGUUUAUUAUUUCCGUAUCAAGGAAUUAGUCAAACCACUCUAUGACGAUCCUGGUAUUUCCAAGGCUACUAUUGCAGAUCCCUACUCUAUUUCUCUUUUCAAUAUUGUUUCGGUGGAUCCUGUCACUGGCACAUUGUUCAAGGUUGGCUUUUAUUUUAACCCAUCUCUCUAUGCCAAUUCUGCUUCAAGCUACCUAUUGAACAUUACCUCACUGUCGGCCUCUUUUCCCGAUCUCAUCUCCUUUGGCAACCCGAUCACUUCGAAUACUCCAAUUGAAAUAUUGUUGGCGCCAUUGGCCACUGUACCCAGUUCACCAACUGGCCAAGAGUUACUCAAAAAUAUCACACCCCUCGUCAACCCCCUCAUCCAAUUCCCAUCGGUCGCAUCAAUGUUUGUCGAAAAUGUCAACGUUGCAAACGGUGUACAAGUUGUUGCCUAUCCAUACAUGACAAUGAUGCAGUACUAUUACCAAAAGAUGAUCAUCUAUCCAAUCUCUGGAUCCCCUUCAAAUGCCACCAUCCUCACCCGAUUCCCAAUCACUUCGGAUGAAGCCUAUCCCAAAUUUGAUCUAUACUAUUUCGGUCAAAAUUCUAUUACAAAAGAUCUCAAUCAAUUUUUAAGUUUUUCUUAUCCAGAUCAAAUACAAAAUGAAGCAUUCCAACUCUAUUCUUUAACAUCAAACAAUGCAACUAGAAACUAUGAAGUUGAUAUUGGAUUUAAUAGUGAGACGCUAACUGUAAAGGCUGGUUCUAGACAUUUGACACUACAAUAUCCAUUUGGAUUUGUAAGCGAUAGUUCUUUUAGUCCUGGUAUCUAUAGAAUCAAUCUUCCUGCUCAAAACUUUGAUUUAUACGAUUCCCUUCCAGCCAUUCUUUUUGUUUAUCAAGAUCGAGUAUUGGUAAAUCAAUCAGAUUCUACCAUGGGAGGUAUUACUCCAGUAUCUAUUGGAUUAAAAUUGGGUGUGAUUGAUUAUUUAAUGUUACCAGGAUCAAAGAUGGUGAUAACUGUUGGUGUUGAAGUAUUAACCGUUCCACUGAAAAAGAUAUGUUUUAGUAAUGCAUAUUCAGGUUGUUCCUAUUCAAUGGAUGACACUAAUUUAAUCGAUACAGCUUCCAAUGGCUGGCCCAUUUACCAAAAGGUUGUACCAGUUGAUUUUACUCUUGAUAUGGUUAGAAUCAUUGAUAAAAGUAAUUUUGAUUCUCAAUACUAUUUGUAUGAUACUGGUAAUUCUUUAAUCAAACCACCUCCCUUUUUCAAAUAUAAUAUUGAAGAGAUUUCAUUAUUUAAAUUUAAUCAAACGAUUGUUGAUGUAUCAUCUGGUAGUGUUUCAAAUUAUUUAAUUUUGAAUUUUACAAGUGAUGCCAAUAUUGAUCAUAUGAUUUAUGAACCUACUCUUAUCAUUCUCAAUGGUCAAACUACCAAUGAAUUACCAGAUCCUAGAAAUGUAUUCAGAGGUAAAUGGCAAGAUGAAAUCCAAGCCUAUGUCAUUCCAUUUGUCGUUCCAAUUGGUCUCUAUCCAGGACCAUUAAACUACCGUCUCCCAAUUGACUUGGAACUUUCUUAUGACUAUCAAUCUCUUUCAUUGGUAAUUGGUCAACAAGAUGCUAUUAUUAAUGUUGUAAAUUCUAAAGGUGCCGAUUUAAUUCCACCACAAGUAGUAUCAGUUAUAAAAUCACCAAAUAAUACUACAUCAUUUGGUUAUGAUAUUGAAAUUGAAGAUCAUGCUAAUGGAUUCAAGAAUGGAACUUUAAUUGUUAUGAGAAAAUCUGAUCCUUUCUUUAACUUUUCUUAUCCAUUUGACCAAUCUAAUAUUAUUCAAGGUGGAAAUGCCAAUCAUGGAGUUUAUCGUAUCUGGAUCCUCGAUUACAGUUCCUUUAGAACAGCAGAUGUCAUUGAAAUCCGAUCCAUUGAAACUGAAGAUUUUGGUUUUGUUUCAACCAUUGGCAAUAGAGAUUCUUUUACAUCUUUUACUAUUUACCAACCAACUUUACCACCCCCUUAUAACAAGGAAGCAAAUACUUCAUUACCAUUUGAUAGAGUACCACCAAUUGUUAUACCACCAAAUAUUCCAGCUACUUUUGUUUCAGAUGGUGUGGAUAGAGAUAUUAUAUUCAAUGCAACCGUCACCGAUGAACUGUCAUUGAUUUCAAUGAUACAUAUUCCAAAGGCAUAUGUAGUGGAUGAUUUCGAGGUGAUUGCUAUUGUCGAUGGUGUCAUGGUUGAUUCAAACGCAAACAAGUCAUCUGUAGUAUUCCAAUUCAAGUAUACUGUGCCAAUGAGAAUGAGUAGAAUGUUGGCAUUCUAUGUCUACAAUUUUGCAGACAGUCUGUUUAAUUACAACGGUAAUACGGUUCCAGUCAUGUGUGAUGUUCAACCAAUUAAUCAACGUGUACCUAUUAUCUAUUAUGUCUCUGAACCAUUCAAUGUAAAGGAUAGUAGUGUGUUGUAUGUCUAUGGUAUCAAUUUUGGUGAUAGUAACUUUUUAUUCAACUUUACUGGAACCUAUGAACCAUACUCUCCCACCUUUUCAUCAGACACACUCCUCAUAUUCAACGUUGGAGCCAUCCCGUUGAUUCAAGGUCCAAUCGGUGGGUACUGUGAUGCUGGUACAUUCCAAUCUGACAUUGUCGUCAUCAACCCUAGAGGAUCACAUUCUGUCAACUUUACAAUGUGUGCAUCUGGGUGUCCCCAAAACAUGCAUUGCGGUUCCUAUGGAGCAUGCGUUUGUAACACUAAUUUCUACGGUCCACUCUGUCAAGACUCUGUCAUUCACAUUAACCCAUCACACGGUUCAAACUCUCCAGACACUACCUACAAUGGUACUACCAAUGGUGGAAAUGGAACAAAUAAUGGUGGCAAUGGUGGUGAAAAGUCAGUGGUCUAUGGAAAGAUAUCAGUUGUUGAAUUACGUGAACUUGAUUUGGAUGACAAUGUAUUACUUCGUCACCCAUUCUCUACUUGGCAAUUAGACAAUAGUAGUCUCUCUUUGGUUGGAGCAGAUUAUCUUUUAAAGUAUAAUACAACAAUUGCCAACAACCAAACCAAUGUUUUGGUAGAAGUUCAAUACUUUUCAAAGGGUAGUCAAGUACCAUACCUUGACGGUACACUCGAUAUGGAACCAUCAACAGUCAAAUACGGUGUCUCUAUGGACUAUUAUCCAUUCUCUCAAGGUACCAAUACUCUAGAGUUGGUCAUGUCUGUCAGCUUGGAGAAUCAAGAUGCAUCAUGUAGUGUUGUUGAAAAUGGAGACUUGGAUGACGGUUUUAGUAAAUACCAAUACAUUAAAACCAAAGUUGAUGAUAUUACACUCUAUGGUAAAUUUAUUAAUCUAGCUUCGAUCGACGAUCACAAGACUGUCAUUAAAUCUCGUCUAUUGGAUGAAUCAAUGAAUGAAAUAGAAUCAACCUCUACCAAUUCAGUUGCAUUUAUCGCCAUUUCAAUUCCUCAUUAUUCAACUUCAAUAUUUAUUGAUCCUGAUUUCUCAUUAUUAUUUGAUAAAGAAGAAGCAUCAGAAUCUGAUCAUUCAAUUUGUGAGUCUAGUGAUGAUGGUCCAGACUACAAAUUAAUUGGAAUUAUUGUUGGAUCUGUUGUUGGUGCCAUAGCAAUUGGUAUUGCAUCGGUCAUGUCUUACAAGAAAUGGAAGGUUGCCAAAGGUCAUGAACGUGCAAUGAAAAUGAAAUUAAAUAGAUUAAAAGUAUAA